AUGCUGCUUGGUUUUCUAAGAGGGAAAGAAGGAAGCGCUGAGAUGAACCCCAACUCAACCAUGUGGAGAUGUAUACUAGUAUUAAUUUUUUCAAUCAAAGGUGAGUACAGAACUUAUCGAGUCUGCGUCUCUCUGUUACUGUUCACAGUUUACAGCCAGAGUUUGUGGUUUGUAGUGUUAACCCUCCCUGUUGCAGAUCUAACCACAAAGGUGAGCUAAAAACACUUUCACAGCAAAACUAGUACAAAGGAAGACGUUUUUACACAGAAUCAUAUCCAUGACGUUGUCGGGGGAUUCAAAGUCACUUGCCACUCAUUUUGAAUUGCAUGCAUUAGUUUGUAACUUCUUCUUUAAGAUAAUUAUAAGACCACUUUUGUAAACAUGUGCGUGCCUUUUCUGGGCAGAUUCUUUUUUGCACCGCGCAGGUUACGUGCACUUUAAUGACCUCGGCAACCUGACUGUAAAACCACCUCCACCUUUCCUCUUGGGUUCAAACCUGACAGUUUACUGCCACGUUAAAAAGUGUACACAAAGGUAGGAAUAAUGAAAACAUGACAAGACUUUAUGAAUAUCUAUAUUUGCCAAUCUUUAUUUAUUUAUUUGUCUUCAAAUACAAAUAUAUGAAAUAUGGUUCAAUAGAAUGUAAAUGUGUAUAAACAUACUGUAUAUAGGGAAGAGUGCGGUAAGUUGAGCCAAAGGGUAAGUUGAGCCACCCCCUGUUUAUUGGAAAUGGUAAAAGAAAUUGAUCAUGUGACCAAAUAUUUAGGAGAUGAGCAUCAAUUCAUGGAGUCUGUGAAGGUUAGAAGCACAUGGGUGAAGGGGUUAGACAUUUAUUUACAAAAAUAAACAUUUUUUCACUCUUGAAAGUGAAUUUAGUCUGUCAUAAGUUUUAUUAGAAUUGUGUUCAGACCAAAAAAGAUCAUUUUAAUUUUGUUUCAUACAUCAAUUGUGGUAUCUAUGAGCUACAACAUGAGGUCAAAAACCUAGCAUAAAAGUCCACCAUUUUAGUUUAGAGGACUAAUAAAGUCAUCAUAGUAGUUCUGGGGUAAGUGGAGCCAACUGAGAAAGUAAAGGAGUCUGAUGAGAGGAUCAGAGUUUCAGUUCAGAUUGUUGAAAUGUUUUACUUUUUCUUUUCAAAAUUACAGCUGUGAAUGUUCUGAAUCACUUAAAGACAUUCUCAUGUUAAAAUGACUUUUUACUAAACAACCUUUUAGCAGCUAUAUGCAAUGAUAAUUUAAAACAAUUAGUGUACCAAUUAAAUAGUGUAUAAUAGAUACAAAUACACAUGAAUGUGAAGAAGUGACUGUUAUUUAGGGAGAGAGAAGGUGAGGGAGGGCUGGGGUGGAGAGUGAGGGGGUAGUAGGUAUACGACACAACUUACCUCGCUCCUAUGGUCAACUUACCCCGUACACGGGGUAAGUCGCCCAUAUGAGACCACUUUUUUUGGCAUGCUAUAUUAUCAAGACAGUUAUGUUUACUGUCAUUCUGUUGGUUUGCAGGGAUGAACAACACUUUGAAAUAUAUGCAGAUACACUAGUUAGAGACAAAACUAUAAUUGCCUUGAUGUAGUGAUCCGAAAUAUGAAAAAUGGCUCAUCUUACCCCACUCUCCCCACUAUGUAAAUUCAUGUCCCAUUUGUUCUUGACUAAAAUUUGUAUUCUAGAAAUCAUCCUUUGUUUGGUUAACAUACCAACAUCUUACUGUGUUCCAGGAGCAAAAUAUUCCUUGAUCUACAGAACGGUGAGAUUUUGGCCCCGUCUGAAAGAAUCAACUGUACUGCAUCUUUCCAUCUGAUCAAUGUGCGGGCCCCUCAGUUUUCAGUGAUUUGCAAGUUGGAGAUUGAAGGGGCUUUAAGGAUUGUGAAUGGACUGUAUCUGCAGGGCGGGUGUAAGUUCAACAGGCACAGAUGUCUGCAGGGCUAUGAAAAAAAUUAAAUGUGACAUUUUCUGAAGAGAAUAUUUGUAUACAUCACGAUGCAAUAGGAGGUAUACAUCAAGGAAUUGACAGGUGGGAAUUCAGUGGCUGAAGUGUGUCUUUAUUUUCAUCAGGAUGCAUCUUCACUGAAUGUCUUCAGCAGAUUUCUUCAUGGUUUCUAAGUUUGAUAUUGUUUUUAAAACUUCACAGUUAAUAUUUUUUUUCAUUUGUUUUUCCAUCUGAAGACCCUCCAGAUAAACCUGGAAAUAUAAUUUGUGUCACAACAAAGAGCUCAGAUUCCAUACUCUGCUCAUGGGGGAAAGGACAGGAUACCUUCCUCCCAACUGUAUAUGAAGUUUCAGUCAAGCGGUAUGUUGUCCUUUUGAGUUAAAUACAACCACCUCAUCAUCAUCAUUUCUCUAUUUGAAAUUGGUCACUAUUCUGUUUUGAUCAACCAUUUUUAUUCUAAAACCCUGUAUUUUUUCAUUUUUCUAGAAAGAACAGGACCCAGGUGCUGAUAAAUCAGAUCCAGGGUGCUGAAGAAAUCUUCCUUCCACGUGCAAGGAUCGAUGAAAACACUACAUACCUGUUAACUAUUACUGCUUACAACCACUUUGGAGUUUUACAGUCAGAUCCAUUUCCCCUAUGUGCGAAGGAUAUAGGUAAAUGCUUACCUCUGUUUCACUUGAACUCACAUCUCAAGUAAUGAGUGUGCAACUAGAACAAACAACCAAAUCGUUUUUUUACGCUCAGAGUAGCUGUUAAUUUCUCUGGCUAUUACUCAUUUAGUUUCAAUAAUCUGACCUGGCUGGUGUUUUUUUUUAUCUUUGUCCUUCUGCUCUGUGGACUUUUUUAAAUUUGACAUUUAUUAUCAACAUCUUGUGCUCUCUGGGUUAUUCCCAGCUUCUGUUAGAUUGUUUAAUUUGAAGUUUUUAACGUUGCUUGGAGUUUAUCUCUCUUGACAAUCACUCUCAUUUGUGUGCUCGCUGUUUAUGUGUUGUUUUUUGUUGCAGUGUUACCAGAGACACCUCAUAUCAUGCACAUAGAGUUUGAGAAUAACUCCAUAGCAGCCUUGUUGCAAUGGAAAACCGCUAAAUCCUCAGAGCAUGUGAGACCCUGUGUCAGACUGCGCACAAACUACACUUUCUGGGUAAAGUGAUGUCAUGGCACCAUAGAUCUGUGGUUUAGUGCAGUUUCAAACCAACCAGGAAGUGCAAGGGUAUUUUAAUGUCUCUUAUCUUCUUUUUUUCCCCCUGUUUAGACAACUGAGGAGGGAGCAGAGCCCAGUGAGGGUUUGAUCAAAGUAGAAGGCCUCAAGCCUCUCACUGAUUAUGAGUUUCAGAUAAGAACAUGUUUACCACAAUCAGAAGCGAUGCAUACAAACAGGCUCUGCUCCACAGCUUCACCAUCCUCCAGAAAAAAGUUGCUUUGCAGCAAAUGGAGCACAACUGUGAGGAGGAGAAGCCCUGGAAAAGGUAAACUGAUCAUUCUUUCUCAUCACUGAACCAAGACUUUUGUGAAAAUCUUAAUGAGAUUUUAACCAUUCAUAAGAAACCCUUAACUUGUUGUGGAUUCUUUUCUUCAGGACCAUCUCAUCCGCUGCAUGUGUGGAGGAUUUUGGGACACAUGCGGACAAAUAGGCUUCGGAUGGUGACUGUGCUGUGGAAGGUAAUCUGUCAAAAUGAAUCAUAAGCUCUUACUUUUACAUUAGGCAGUUGUUUUAUUAGUUAUGGAAGGUUUGCAUGUCUCACACUAUUUGCUUCUGUUAUCUUUGGAUAGAGCAAGGCGAUUUAUUUUCCACUUUUUUCUAAUUUUAUGCUUUGCUAAGCUAACCAGUUUGUGAAUUUUUUUUUAAAUUAAAUUGAUAGAGCAGAGAUUUCUCAUGGACAUCAACCAUGUAUACAUCUAAAAAAACAUGUGCCUCGAGUGAUGAAAAGACUUUUCCUUUAGCCUCCAUCUCCAGAAGAUUACAGUGGUGAGCUGCAACACUACAUUAUCUCCUAUGGCAAUGACAAGAAGAAGUACAUGACCUGUGCUGCUGCUCUGAGCCAGUGUUCAGUUCAGGUACCAGCAGAGGUCCAGGUGCUCAGCAUCAGUGUCGUCACCUUGUAUGGUACUUCUCCAUCUGCAGAUGUGCUUCUCAAACAAUCAGGUACACAAGCAUUCAACACAGAAGACAAAACUUUGCAAAGCAUGUCAAAAAUGUAAAGAAAGAGGGCCAAAUGAAGUACAUUAUCUGCUCAUUUUUCUCUCAUAGGUAACUGUGGGCCUGUUCUUAAAGAGCUCAGCCCUGCAGCUCAUGGCAGUGCUGUGUUUGUCUCCUGGUCCUGGGGGUCUGAGAUCAAAAACUGGUCAUCGUCAGGAGAUAAACUGCUAUACUAUGUGUUGGAGUGGACAAGUAUCCCAGUAGCAGAGCAGCAGUGGCAAAAGCUGGACAAGGAUAGAAACACAACAUCAAUUACAGGUACACGAUAGAUUUAGUCCAGACUCAUAUAUUACAGAUUAUCUGUCAGAAACAUGCCAAAACGAAUAACAACCCUUUAAACACAACAAUUCAUCCACAAUUUCAUGACAUUGUUAUGUGCCUCACUGCAAAUGAACAAACACAAACAUUGCCCUCUUGUGGGCAGUUUGUGUGCUACCGGGGUUUUUGUCUCUAUCAGUCAGUGACUGUAAAGUAUAUCAAAUUGAAAUUGGUACAAAUGAUGCAUCUUGUGCCUAGAUUCAUAAACACAGUUGAAUUGUUAUGAAAUAUUAUGUAGUUGUGUAAGGAGUGUUUGUCUGUUGUAUUUCAGGUCUAGCUGCAGGCGUGAGAUACAAUAUCUCCCUGUUUGCUGUGACCACUAGAGGCGCCAGUGCUCCAUCAUCUCGUCUUGUUUAUUCCAAAGAACAGAGUAAGAUUCAGAGUUCCUUUUCCUUCAAGCUGCCUUCAAAGAUAAACAUUUAUGGCAUCAUUUUAAGUGAAAUAUUAGCAAACUAAUAGAUUUUAAAACACACUGAGUGUUGUAUCUAUACCUUAUUAGUAAAGUGUCCCCUUGCCUUCUUCUCCAUCUCACUGUGUGUGUGUUUCAGAGCCUCAGGUUGGUCCCAGUGUGUCAGUACUAGUCCAUGAGCCUGGACGGAUCCAGAUCAAGUGGGAUGAGCUCCCUGUUGACCAGCAGAGGGGCUUCAUCACAAAUUACACCAUCUAUCUUCAGACGGUGAACUCUGAAAACACAGAAGUCAGGGGUGAGCAGCUGCUUUGGUCCUCAUGUGCCUAAUUGUCGUCAUCUAUCCCUGAACUGUGGCCACCAGACAGCACUGGAGACUUUUUUUUAGAGUCUUUUUGUAUAUCUUUGUUUUUAAAAAAUGAAAAUUCUGGGAUUUAAGACUUCUUGAUCUCCUUCUGGACAAAAUAACUGAAAGAAACCAGAAUAACUCAAAAUUCUCUAAAUACUUGUAAGAGCUGUGAGUCAUUUCCUCUUCACCGUAGAUCAAGAGGACUUUUCUUUGUGGUGUGCUUCACCUGUGGGUAAUCACAUAUGCAGUAGUAUGCAUAUAAUGCAUCACAGCAAACACCAUUGUUACUGAAUGGAAAGUGUACAACCAGCACUUGACUGAUACUCCCCUCCCACAAACCCUCAGUGCAUCAGCAGGGUUUUUCACAGCUCACUUCCAGUAAUUCAAAUAUUUCACUGAUGGUGAUCAAUUAUCUUUCAUGAAUUCAAAUAGACAAUAAGAGUGGGUGGAACAUUACAGCACAGCAAAAGAGUUAUAACAUUUAUCAAGAUAUUCCUGAUAUAUCUAUUUUUGUUUCAUGAGGCCUGAGUAAGUGUUAUAUCCUCUUCGACCACUGUUGUGUCAAACCUGUCUGAUGGUCCUGAAUGAGUGUAUGUCAACGUUUUUAACGUACAGACAAGGAAGACGUUCAGAGGAGCUUCAAACUCUUGAACACUCAGUUCUGUCUGCGUAUUCAGUGAAUCAUAGCGUUUUCUAGAACUCACUUUAACCACCAACAGGAAGUCAUGUGGCUUUAUGCACACAUGCAACUUUAAACCUGUUACUAACCUGCCUGCUUUGUAUUUCUGGAGCUCAGGUGUGGAGGCACCAUAGUUUUAUUUACUUAGUGUCAAAGUUCUCCACUAUUUGUGAAUGCUGCCGAAUUGAAGCCUACAACUCAACAUGUAUUCAUCCUGCCUGCAAGCACAUUUUAAUUCCCUAGAAAAAAAAAAUAUCCGUGGUUAUUUGAACUUUAUCUGUCAUUGUACUUUCUGUCUCUCUACAGUGACAGUGUCAGGCUCUGACCCCAGGCAGAAGUGGCUGGACUGCCCAGAUGGAGCUCUUAUGCUGCAGAUGACCGCAUCUACUUCAGCCGGAGAAGGGCCAAGAGGAAGCUGGAUCUCCUCUCAGCCUGCAGCCCCUGCAGGUCAGUGCCUUGAUACCAACUCAUGUCAAAAACAGACUCGAUGAACCCACAAAACAACUUCCUUGAGCUUUUUUUUUUGUUUCAUUAAUAAAGUUUAAAGACACUUCUAAACUAUUGUGUUUUUUCCUUGGUGUGGUCUUUUCCAGUUGGCCUGAUGGUUGUGAUGGUCUUCAUCAUUACUCUUUUCAUAGGGAUCCUAGCCAAUUUGCUGUGCUGGAGUUGUGUGAGAGAAAGGUAUCAUUCUAUUUUCAUUUGCUGAGGUGCAACAGUUUCACCGACAACAACAGUCUCAAAGCAGAAAAACCAUCACACAUCUCUGAGGGUCCUGUGAUUGAUUCUGAUUGAGCAUAGGUUUUGUUUUACAAGUAACCAAAAAUGUGCUGCAGAGGCUGAUGACAUAAAAUACCACACCAUGUCAUGAACAUAAGAACAAGAAGCCUCAAAAUUAGCCGGAACAGAAACCUUAACAGAAAAAAACUGAAAUGUGUGGUCAAAGCGCCCCAGUCUAAUGGUGGUUUGAGGAGUGGAAACACUGAAUAGGUGCUUCAAGCAUGUCAUGGCAUAGUGAGAUGUAGUAGCAUAACAACACCAUUCGAGGUACUUAUUCUCAUUUUUUGAUGCUACUGUACCAGAUUAUAAACUGUCAUUAUCAAUAUAGGACCAAAUGCCAUUACUUGGAAUAAAAAUAUGUGUCUCUCUGCUUCAGUAUCAAACAGAAAUGUAUAUCAUGGGGACCAGCCUGUGUCGGUGAAAACCUGCCAAAACCAGAUAACAGUGUUGCCAGCAUACUUCUACAGGUAACAAACUUGUGCUGGCCUGUACACGUCCCCUUUUUUUAAGAGAACUUGUAACACCAUGACAAAAGCAACAUGUGCAACAAUCUGUUCCAACACCAGAAACACAACUUAAUUCAUCGUUUGUUCAUAAAACUCUGCAACACUUUGAAAACACUUUCAUAUCUACAGGCUGAACUGCAGUAGGGAAGUGAUGCUUUAAGAAACCUCUUUUGCUUUCACUCUGACAACAUGAAACUGUGAGAGCUGCAGCGAGUAAAAACCAGAGAUCUGAGAACACACUCUUUGCCACCCAUACAUCACUCAAGCACUGAAACGGUGUUUUGUUUGUUAUUGUUCUGUUUUCCAGCAUGACAGGAGUGAGGUGUCCUUCCCGUCAACCUACAGUGACCCUCCGCUGUCCCCUGUCAGUCUGCUCUCUCAGGAGGAAAGAGAGGUUGCAUACCCCAAUGUCCACAUUGAGUUGUAUCAAGUCAAACCUGGGCAGUCUGCAGUGGAGACGCCUUUGCUGUUGUCAGACCCUGAGGUAACACUUCUUGACUGUCAGCUGGAGCACGUCAGUUAUAAACCUCAGAUUUCCACAGUGGCUGUACAAGGAGAGGAGUUGAAGGAGACAGAAGAGCAGAUGAACACACCAACAAGUGGACAAGAAGACACAUUUCUCAGUAUAUCAGGAGGACUACUCAGAAGUUUUCUGUCCAAUGUGGAGGCUGAUUCCUCUGUUUCACCUUUGAGGAAGACUCUUGGCUCAGUAAGCCCUCUGCUGUGGCCUAAAACUGCAGAGAAAAGAAGUGUCUUAAAAGAAGACUUACCAGACGAGAGGAGGGCUGAAAAAGAUGUGGAGGUGGACUCUCCCUGCCAGGACUUACAGCAGUGUGAAACAAUGAUUUGUGACCCUGCAGAUGCUUAUUUAUCUCAGUGUAAAGCAGAGGCAUCACUGACUGGUGGUUAUUUUCCCCAGGUAGCUGCUGUCUGCAGAACUACACACUCUACUGCACAGAGAUAG